GGUCGGGCCGGGCUGGGCCUCCGGCUCCUCCCCCGGCGGCGGCGGCCGGGGUCGCGGUCGCGCACGAGCUGCCUUUUUUGCAAAGGGCUGACUUUUUUCAACCAAAUUGUAUCGCCUGUCAAGAAUUUUCAUGUGACUCUUGGAAACCUGCUGCAGAGUCUUCCUAUUUGCUAUUCAGUGCUGUUUUCUUCUCCCUUUAGCAGGUUGAAGUUCAUGAGUUCGCCCAGCCUCAGUGAUCUGGGCAAGAGAGAGCAGGCAGCCUUGGAUGAGCGGGGGACCCAACAGCGACGGGCCUGCUCCAACGCUACCUGGAACAGUAUCCACAAUGGAGUAAUAGCGGUGUUCCAGCGUAAAGGUCUCCCAGACCAUGAACUUUACAACCUCAAUGAAGGAGUCAGGCAAUUACUGAAAACAGAACUGGGAUCCUUUUUCACUGAAUAUCUACAGAAUCAGCUGCUCACGAAAGGCAUGGUGAUCCUAAGGGACAAGAUCCGGUUUUAUGAAGGGCAGAAACUACUGGAUACCUUAGCUGAAACCUGGGAUUUUUUCUUCAGUGAUGUCCUGCCCAUGCUUCAGGCUAUUUUCUAUCCUGUGCAGGGGAAGGAGCCCUCGGUUCGGCAGCUGGCUCUUCUGCACUUUAGGAAUAUAAUUACCCUCAACAUUAAAUUGGAAGAUGCAUUAUCACGUUCCAGAGCCAGAGUUCCACCUUCUAUUAUUCAGAUGCUGUUAAUACUCCAGGGGGUUCACGAGUCGAAAGGUGUGACUGAAGAUUAUUUGAAACUGGAAUCCCUGAUCCAGAAAGUCGUUUCUCCUUACUUGGGCACAUAUGGUCUGUAUUCCAGUGACGGACCCUUCACGCACUCGUCCUGUAUCUUGGAGAAGCGGUUCUUCAGGCGUUCAAAAUCAGGUGACAUCCUCGCCAAGAACCCCGUGGUGCGAUCAAAAAGCUACAACAAUCCACUGCUGACACCAGUGGCCGAGUAUGAAACUGAGGGCAUGGCUGCCAAUGGAACAGGCAUCCGAAGGCACUCCGUUUCAGAAAUGACCUCCUGCCUGGAGCUCCAGGGGUACUCCAACCUCACCACCAUCAUGGACAACGGUUCCAAGAGCUCCAUGACGGCCACGAAAAACUCACUGUCAGGAGACCAGGAGAGGCCCAGCACCGGGUCAGUGCAAUGUUCUAGCAAACUCAGCACAGUUGAGCAACAGAAAGGACUCUUCCACUCGAUGGACGACCCGCAUAGGUCUUUUGAGCUGGACAGGGACCCUUCCUUGAUUCCAGUUCCCUCUUCCAGCCCUGAGAACAUAGUGGAUCAGAUUUUGGAGUCGAUCGACUCUGAUUCUGAAGGCAUUUUUAUUGAUUUUGGCCGAGGCUGUUCCAAUUCAUCAGCGUACAAUGUGGACGUGAACAGACAGAGCAUCAUGUGAAGGACAUUGGGAGACAAACCUUGGGUUUUAAUAUUAUAUAUGAAAGUUACUAACGCAUUGAGUCGGACUAUGGGCAAGCUAUAUAUGUCUAGGGCAGAACCUCUGUUGUAGGUCAUCACAGCUGUACUGAAGUACACAAACACAAGUUUACAGCAGGCGGGAAUCUGCUGCAAGGGGGAAGAAAUUCCAACCACUUCUCCCUGUCCCCAUCACUCUGCAGUCAGAUUUCCUAUUGUCUUUAUAAACUUAGGGGUUCACAAGCUGACAAGUGUCUGGUAAAAUGCCAUUAGUGCAGCUGGCAGUGUUUGUUCUGUAAAACAGCCUAGCAAAUAGCUGUGUUCACUUUUAAUUUUCUCAAGAAAUUUCCUGUAGACGGCAGGUUGUUCUCUGAACUGUAACACCUCAGCCAGAGUGAAAACAUAUCCUUUCAAAAAAACAAAAAAACCCAGAGGCUGUGGGCCUUCAUGCCACAGAAUACAGUGAUAAAGAAGUCUCUUUUAAUCUUUUUCUUGUACAUCUUGUAUGCACUCCUUUGCCUAAUGGUGAGUUAGAGUUCUUGAAGAAAGGCAAAUAAACAGAAGUGCGCUACCUGAUGUCACGCGAUGCCUCAUGUCUCAUGUUCUGUUUCACAGCCAAUAGCUUGUGUCUGUGAGAGAGUUGUCUUGAAAUGGGCUUUUAGGGCCGUGUUAAUUUGCUCUGAAUGUGGCACUUCCAAGAAAUCUGUGCACUGUCGACUCCUGGAGCAUCCGUUGUAUGGAGAGAUUCCAGCAGAAUUCAACUUACUUGUUUCCUAAAUAAAUAAAAAUAUGACCUCUCA